GCACAAGCCCCAGGGCUCAGGUCGGGUGUUGGGGUCUCUUCCCCCAGCCGGGCGGGCAGGCUGGGGAGCCAAGGGCCCGGCUGCGCUCUCAUGCCAUCUUCCCGAACUGCACAUUCAUGCCACCUUCUCGCGCGCCUCGCACACCCCGUCCGGGUGGGUGCUCGGUUAACGUUCGUUGAUGAAUUGGCGGAAGGAGAGAUUCGAGUUAAAGUUGAGCCUUGGGCUCGACAAGCUGUGUGGGAGGAAGAGCCGGGUGUGGAUUCUCGCCUGAGUCUUCCUCCCUGUGUGGACCGACCUUUCUGAGCCUGUUUCUUCCGUAGUAUGGAGAUACCGAUGCUCACUUCACAGUAUAGUUGUGAGCAACAAAUGGGAGCAUACUCCGCUUCUUAGGGCGCAACCGGAGGGAGGCCUUGUCAGUAGUGCGCUUUGCUUGGAAUGACUGGCGUUGCCACUUUCAGAAGACACCCCAACAAGAUCCGAAGCAGCGAUUGAAGAAAGUGGCGGAUGAAGGGAACAUUUAGUACACAGCGGAGAAGGAUGUCACGGAGGAGCCUGGCUGUGUGAUUUCCUAAGACGGCCAUUUUCAACUUUCCCCAGGAGGCUGCCAUGGCGUUCCCUCACCUGCAGCAGCCCAGCUUCCUCCUGGCUAGCCUGAAAGCUGACUCUGUAAAUAAGCCCUUUGCACAGCGGUGCCAAGACUUGGUUAAAGUCAUCGAGGAUUUUCCAGCAAAGGAGCUGCACGCCAUCUUCCCAUGGCUGGUAGAGAGCAUUUUCGGCAGCCUGGAUGGCGUCCUCAUCGGCUGGAACCUGCGCUGCUUACAGGGACGGGUGAGCCCUGUGGAGUACAGCAUCGCAAUGGAGUUUCUAGACCCCGGUGGCCCAAUGAUGAAGUUGGUGUAUAAGCUCCAGGCCGAAGAUUAUAAGUUUGACUUUCCAGUUUCCUACCUGCCUGGCCCUGUGAAGGCAUCCAUCCAGGAGCGCGUGCUCCCCGACAGCCCUCUGUACCACAACAAGGUCCAGUUCCCCCCGACGGGUGGCCUCGGCCUGAACCUGGUGCUUAAUCCGUUCGAGUACUACAUGUUCUUCUUUGCUUUGAGCCUCAUCACUCAGAAGCCACUCCCCGGGACCAUCCAUAUCCGAACUUCAGACUGUGCCUAUUUCAUCCUCGUGGACAGAUACCUGUCGUGGUUCCUGCCCACAGAAGGCAGUGUGCUCCCCCCACUCUCCUCCAGUCCUGGGGGGCCCAGCCCCUCACCCGCUCCCAGGACCCCAGCCAUGCCCUUUGCUUCCUAUGGCCUCCACCACACCAGCCUCCUGAAGCGACACAUCUCUCAUCAGACAUCUGUGAAUGCAGACCCCGCCUCCCAUGAGAUCUGGAGGUCAGAAACUCUGCUCCAGGUUUUUGUUGAAAUGUGGCUUCAUCAUUAUUCCUUGGAGAUGUACCAAAAAAUGCAGUCCCCUCACGCCAAGCUGGAGGUUCUGCACUACCGACUCAGUGUCUCCAGCGCCCUCCACAGCCCUGCCCAACCCAGCCUCCAGGCCCUCCACGCCUACCAAGAGUCGUUCACGCCCACCGAAGAGCAUGUGCUGGUAGUGCGCCUGCUGCUAAAGCACCUGCACGCCUUUUCCAACAGCCUGAAGCCUGAGCAGGUCUCCCCCUCCGCCCACUCUCAUGCCACCAGCCCCCUGGAGGAGUUCAAACGGGCCGCCGUCCCGAGGUUUGUCCAGCAGAAACUCUACCUCUUCCUGCAACACUGCUUUGGCCACUGGCCCCUGGAUGCAUCCUUCAGAGCCGUCCUGGAGAUGUGGCUGAGCUACCUGCAGCCAUGGAGGUAUGCGCCUGAGAAACAGGCUCAGAGCAGCGACUGCCAGGCCCGGUGUGUGCCAGAGAGAUGGGCGCCCUUUGUGCAGGAGAACCUGCUGAUGUACACCAAGCUGUUCGUGGGCUUCCUGAGCCGCGCACUGCGCACCGACCUGGUCAGCCCCAAGAACGCACUCAUGGUAUUCCGUGUGGCCAAAGUCUUUGCCCAGCCCAACCUGGCCGAAAUGAUCCAGAAAGGAGAGCAGCUGUUCCUGGAGCCAGAACUCGUCAUCCCGCACCGCCAGCACCGCCUCUUCACCGCGCCCACCUUCACAGGCAGCUUCCUGUCCUCGUGGCCCCCGGCCGUCACCGACGCCUCCUUCAAGGUGAAGAGCCACGUCUACAGCCUGGAGGGCCAGGACUGCAAGUACACCCCGAUGUUUGGGCCCGAGGUCCGGACGCUGGUCUUGCGCCUGGCUCAGCUCAUCACGCAGGCCAAGCAGACUGCCAAGUCCAUCUCUGACCAGUGUGGGGAGAGCACAGCCAGCCACCCCUUUCUGUCGUGGCUGGGUUUCUGCUCCACAGACACGAACGGCUCCUACCCAGCCAACGACCUGGACGAGAUGGGGCAGGACAGCGUCCGCAAGACAGACGAGUACCUGGAGAAGGCCCUGGAGUACCUUUGCCAAAUGUUCCGACUCAGCGAGGCUCAGCUCGCCCAGCUCACGCUUGCCUUGGGGACAACUCAAGAUGAGAAUGGGAAAAAGCAGCUCCCAGACUGCGUCGUAGGGGAGGACGGGCUCAUCCUCACGCCCCUGGGCCGGUACCAGAUCAUCAAUGGGCUGCGGAGGUUUGACAUUGAGUACCAGGGUGACUCGGAGCUGCAGCCCAUCCGGAGCUAUGAGAUCGCUGGCCUGGUCCGAAUGCUCUUCCGGCUGUCCUCUGCCAUCAACCGCAGGUUCGCAGGCCGGAUGGCAGCCCUAUGUUCCCGUGCUGACUUCCUCGGCAGCUUUUGUCGCUACCACCUCAUGGAGCCCGUGUUGGCAGACAGGCACCUGCUGAGCCCUGUGGCCCGAGGGUGUGCAGCCCGCUGUCCCCGUGGCCCUAGGCUCAGCCUGCGCUUCCUGGGCAACUACCAGACACUACUCUCGCUGCUUCUGGCCUUCUUCGUGGCCUCCCUAUUCUGCAUCGGGCCCCUGCCCUGCGCCCUGCUCCUCGUGCUGGGUUACCUCCUCUACGCUGUGGCCAUGACACUGCUCACUGAGCGCAGCAAGCUGCACCAGCUCUGACCUCGGGCCGGGCGCUGACACAGGGAAGCCAGCAAGAUGGCCACACAGCCUGUCCCUCGAGCCUCAGAGGCCACCUUCGAGCAAGGGUCACUUUCCUGCAACCUUGGAGCCAUGCACUGCGUGAGAGGAGAUAAAACCGGAAGGGUGUGGUCUAGGCUUGGCAAGGAAGAUAGUGGCAUCAAAGGGCCUGUUAGUCUCACGGGACUGCGCCGGACCCAGCCACUCGGUCCUCCCUGCUUCCCUCAGCCCUGGGCCCUGCAGUGAAAUGGCCUUCCAGGACUUCCCCAACCUGACUGUCCAGGCUUUAGCUGUGUGAGGCCUGGGAGUCAGUGCUGCCAAAGAGGGACCUUGCCAUCCUUAAGGUUGGCAAGGUGUUAUGCGUCCCCUCUCGCCGCCAACAGCAGGACGGUACCUCAGCCUUUGGUUCCAGAGAAGAAUCCAAAUCUCUAGAGGUUCCUGAGAAAGUUAGAGGAUGGUUCUCUGAUUCUUGACCGUAAAGCUAGAUUUUGCCAUCACAUUUGGCAAAGCGAGGGUCAUUCUUCACGCGUUGCCAGCAAUUCCGGGCUGGGUCUGCAGUUCUGCUUUGUAGGAGCAGAAAUCCUCCAGGAGCACAGAUGCCCAGUGGGACAGUGCUUCACCUCUGGCUCUCUGGCCCCCAAGCUGUUGAGCACGUUGCUUAGUGGCAACCCAACGCCACUGCCUCAUCUGGGACAGGCUCACGUGCCCAUGGGUGGAGGGGAUGUGGCAGGGCCGUGGGAAUCCGGCAUCAUCUGGUGCUGCAACCAAAGAUGGUCAAAGGCAUUGUUUGUAUCUUCAGUAAAACCAAGUACAAAGUCACUAAAUUUUUUAUGACAUUUGAAUGUUCAAACUACAUGACAAUUACACAUUCUCUGUCAAAAGUCAUCCCUAUAGGGUCUCAAGCACAUGGAUUCAUCUUACAAGGGAUGCGCCGGAGAGAACAUCUCAAUGGUGAUUUUCAACCAAGCCUUUGUUUUAAGUUUCCAAACUGUAAAUGUUGACCUUUUGAUGUGAAAUCAGAAUAAUGGCAUUCUGGGGCCUGUGACCAAAAAUCAAGCCAAGUUUGUAACUGACCACAGAUCUGAAUAAAGCUGUUUUUGCUCCUGAGUCUUCUGA